AGAUCAGCAUUCAAACUAGGGUUUACUCCUGCCGCUCCGAGAAAGCAAACAAGCGUCAGCUCCGCCGGCUUCCUCCGCGCUUUCUCCCCGCCGCCGCCGCCGCCGCUCCUUCCCUACGCCAGGCACGCCAAGAUGAAGCUCGUCAGGUUCCUUAUGAAGCUGAACAAUGAGACGGUCACCAUCGAGCUCAAGAACGGCACGGUUGUACACGGCACCAUCACCGGUGUUGACAUAAGCAUGAACACUCAUCUGAAGACAGUGAAGCUUACACUGAAAGGGAAGAACCCUGUAACACUUGACCACCUCAGCGUGCGAGGAAACAACAUCCGCUACUACAUCCUUCCCGACAGCUUAAACCUGGAAACCUUGCUGGUAGAGGAAACCCCUAGGGUGAAGCCUAAGAAGCCAACUACAGGAAAGCCUUUGGGGCGUGGUCGCGGCCGAGGUCGUGGACGUGGUCGGGGCCGGGGGCCACGCUGAGCUUUAUCGUUCCCCUGCUGUCGGCUCCCUUGCAAGACAAGUUUCCUCUACAAUGUAAAACAUCUUUCCUCUGCACGCUGUGUGAAAGAAUGUUGCAUCGUUACCCUUCUGAUGAAGGUGGACGAAAUAUCUCAAUGUCAGUAGUUCUUGCUGUGAAAUCACGCUGUCUACCUGGCCCCCCUACUCAUGCCUAUCUUAGGUUUACACUCUAGUUAAUUUGUAAUGUUUUUUUUCUCCCCCGUGGAAUACAUGUAAGCUGCCGCAGAGCUUUGGAUGUCUAGGGUUGUA